AUGCUGUUAGGUGGUACCGGUGUUGAGGGAGUUGCUGGUGGUGGUGGUGACGGUGGUGGUGGUGGUGGAGGUGUGAUUAGUGGAGGAGGCGAUGGUGGUGUCAACGGAGUUGGUGGUGGAAAUCUGAUUAAUGGAGGAAGUGGCAGUGGUGUCAAGGGAGUCGAUGGUAUUGCUGGUGUUGACGGAGUAGAUGGUGAAACUGAUGGUGUUGGUGGUGUGGGUGUUGUGAUAGGAGUCGCCGGUGUUGGUGGUGGUGGUGGUGGAGGUGUGAUUAGUGGAGGAGGCGAUGGUGGUGUCAACGGAGUUGGUGUUAAUGGAGGAAGUGGCAGUGGUAUCAAGGAAGUCGAUGGUUGGGGUGUUGUGAUGGGAGACGCCGGUGUUGUCAACGGAGUUGACGGUUUUGGUGUUGUGGGAUUUACCGGUGUAAGUGACGGAAUUGUUGUUGAAGGAGAUGGUGGUGUAGUUGCCGAAGAUACUGGUUUUACUGUGGGAGAUGUUGCUGUAAUGACAGGAAGUAUUGGUGUUAAUAGCGAUGGUAAUGUAGCGGUUUGCAAAAGUUUACGGUCACCAGGACUUACCCAAGUCGGGAAAUCCUCCGUAAGAGAAUUAGUUGCGUCAAGAUUGUUAAGCAGCCCGCCACCAUUUAAUAAAGCUAAAGCUGAAUCGAUCAAACUAAAUAAGUUUACAACGGGCGAGGGAAAUUGUAAGUCGCCUUGCCCGGCUUCCGAUAACCCGUCCUGA